CGCUCGGAGGGGGUUAGAGCAUUGCCUGCACUGACGCCAAUUCUGACACCCCCUCCACGCAGUAAUAUAAAGGGAUCGGCAGUCUUACAGCCUCCCGUUCUGCGUCGGGAGCACAGUACGGCCGGGAGCUAAGACAUCUUAGCGGCAGUGGGAUAUUGAAGCAAGCCGGCAGUCAUGGGGAAGGAGAAGCUUCACAUUAACAUCGUGGUGAUUGGACAUGUUGACUCUGGCAAGUCGACCACCACGGGACACCUCAUCUACAAGUGUGGUGGCAUCGACAAGAGGACCAUCGAGAAGUUUGAGAAGGAGGCUGCUGAGAUGGGCAAGGGAUCCUUCAAGUAUGCCUGGGUUCUUGAUAAAUUAAAGGCAGAGCGUGAACGUGGUAUCACCAUCGACAUCUCCCUCUGGAAGUUUGAGACCAGCAAGUACUAUGUCACCAUCAUCGAUGCCCCUGGCCACAGAGACUUCAUCAAGAAUAUGAUCACAGGAACCUCUCAGGCAGACUGUGCAGUCCUGAUUGUGGCUGCAGGGGUGGGGGAGUUUGAGGCCGGCAUCUCCAAGAAUGGGCAGACCCGGGAGCACGCCCUACUAGCCUACACGCUGGGCGUGAAGCAGCUGAUUGUGGGCGUCAACAAGAUGGACUCCACUGAGCCAAACUACAGCCAGAAGCGCUAUGAAGAGAUCGUCAAGGAAGUCAGCACCUACAUCAAGAAGAUUGGCUACAACCCAGAGACGGUGGCCUUCGUCCCCAUCUCUGGCUGGAAUGGGGACAACAUGUUAGAGGCCAGUCCUAAUAUGACAUGGUUCAAGGGCUGGAAAAUCACCCGGAAAGACGGUGGUGUAUCGGGGACCACCUUACUUGAAGCCCUGGACGCCAUCCAACCUCCAUCUCGCCCCACAGACAAGCCUCUUCGUUUGCCUCUGCAGGACGUCUACAAGAUCGGGGGGAUCGGGACCGUGCCAGUGGGCCGCGUGGAGACGGGAAUGCUGAAGCCGGGCAUGGUAGUGACCUUCGCACCUGUUAACGUGACAACCGAGGUGAAAUCGGUGGAAAUGCACCACGAGGCGUUGUCCGAGGCACUGCCUGGAGACAACGUUGGAUUCAAUGUCAAGAACGUGUCCGUCAAGGAUAUCCGCCGGGGCAACGUGGCUGGGGACAGUAAGAACGAUCCCCCCCAGGAGGCCGCAAAUUUCACCGCCCAGGUGAUCAUCUUGAACCACCCUGGCCAGAUCAGCGCUGGCUAUGCCCCGGUUCUGGACUGCCACACGGCCCACAUCGCCUGCAAGUUCGCAGAACUGAAGGAGAAGAUCGACCGGCGCUCUGGGAAGAAGCUGGAGGACAAUCCCAAGUCACUCAAGUCGGGAGACGCUGCCAUUGUAGACAUGAUCCCCGGGAAGCCCAUGUGUGUGGAGAGCUUCUCGGACUACCCACCCCUGGGGCGUUUUGCUGUGCGUGACAUGCGCCAGACCGUGGCCGUGGGAGUGAUCAAGGGCGUGGAGAAGAAGGCCGCCACCACCGGCAAGAUCACAAAGUCUGCCCAGAAGGCUCAGAAGGCAAAAUGAACGUUGUGCUGGGCUGUCGACUCCAGAGUCCCCCGUGGCAGAAAGAUGGUCUCCAAGCACUUCUACCCCAUCGGCCGCUUAAGCUCCAUCGUCAAAGACUGGUUAAUUGUCACGAUGCACCGCAAAAGUUUCCGAAGGAAAAACCAUACAAAUUAUUAACGAUGCACAUUGUGUUGACUAUCAAUUAUAAUCCACGCCUUGGCACUUUAAUUUAUUGAUGUGAACUUAUUGUUAAUUUUUAAAAACGUGAUUUUAAAACGAGACCGUGAACAUAAGCACCACGUGUGAGACAUUAACAUCCUAGAGAGGAGUCGAACCCAAAGCCUUCUCGCUGCUCCCUUCGGGAGUGCAGUUUUAGUCAAGUCAUGCCAUCGUCCUGCUUCUUAGCGUGUUUGCAGUUGCCGGGUGUUCACUCGCAGUGGUAAAACUUUCUGUAGGUUAAGAUGCCUCGUUUUAGCUUUAAAGCCCUACUCCCCCAGCGUGUCUCGCUCUGGGCGCAUGCAGACUCCCUGUGCACUUUAUAUUGUUGAUCUUCUACCCCUUGACCCCCGACCUGCUUUCACUGGCUCAUCGCUCCUGGAAUCAUGGACUUCCAUUGGGUUCAAGCUCCUUGCACCUUACUGUUAUUUGUGGGCAAAAGCCUCUCUACAUUGCAUUAAAGGUGUCUCAACUG